AUGGAUUCGUCAUUGACAAUCGCCGGAGUGCAGGGUCGGAAGGUUACCGUUCCGACCGGACUCUUCAUUCACAAUGAGUUUGUUCCAUCCGUCACUGGUCAGACAUUGGCCGUAGAGAACCCAUCGACGGGCGAACAGCUCGGAACUAUUUCCGCCGCCGGGCUGGAAGAUAUCAACAAGGCAGUGAAGUCCGCCAAAGCCGGCUUCGAAGCUUGGAAAGCAGUUUCCGGAGCUGCACGAGCUCGAGUUCUUCUCAAGCUAGCCGAUUUAGUUGAGCGCGAUGCGCAGGAUCUGGCAUCUCUGGAGGCUGUCGAUUCCGGCACUCUCUUCACCGAUUCUAUGGGACUGAACAUUCCGCAGGCGGUUGGAUGUCUCCGAUACUAUGCUGGAUGGGCUGAUAAGAUUGAUGGAAAGACACUCGAGCUUGAUGGUGGGUUUGCAUACACCCAUCGAGAGCCUCUAGGCGUCUGUGGUGCCAUUGUUCCCUGGAAUGCACCCCUAAUGAUUACUAUCUGGAAACUUGCUCCCGCCCUUGUGACUGGUAACGCUUUGAUUAUCAAGACAUCCGAGAACUCGCCCCUAUAUGGCCUACGACUGGCUGAACUAGUCAAGGAGGCCGGAUUCCCCGCAGGUCUGGUGAACAUUGUGGCCGGCGAUGGUGCGAAUGCAGGCCAAUCUCUGUCCGAGCACAUGGAAGUUCGCAAGAUUGCUUUCACCGGAAGCGCCUUCGCCGGACGCAAGAUCCUCCAGGCUUCAUCCCGGACUAAUCUGAAGAAGGUGAGCCUCGAGCUCGGUGGGAAGGGUCCAUCAAUCGUGUUCGAUGAUUGUGAUUUUGAAAACGCACUUCUUUGGACCCGGAUUGGUAUCACCGCGAACAAUGGCCAGAUCUGUGCGGCUGGAUCGCGUAUCUAUGUUCAGGAAUCCAUCUAUGACCGUUUCAUCGAGGCGUACAAGAAGGCUGCUGCCGAUGCUCCUACUGUUGCCGGUGACCCAUUGGACGCAGCUACUACAAAAGGCCCCAUUGUGAGCAAUGCGCAACAUCAGAAAGUUUUGGACUAUAUUCGUCAGGGCAAGGAGUGUGGUGCUCGUUUGCUGUUUGGUGGAGAGCGGAUUGGCGAGAAGGGGUACUUUGUGCAGAACACUGCGUUUGCAGAUGUUGCCGACGAUGCGACCAUUAUGCGAGAAGAGAUCUUUGGCCCAGUUGCUAGCAUCGCCAAGUUCUCCAGUGAGGCGGAGGUCAUCUCCAAGGCCAAUGAUUCUGCUCACGGGCUAAGCGCUGCCAUCUUCACGAACGAUGUUAACCGUGCGCAUCGCGUUACUAAGGCCUUGGAAUCGGGACAAGUGACCGUUAACGCAUGGGCAAUGUUGAGUCCCAACGUUCCCUUUGGUGGUGUGAAGGAAAGUGGGUAUGGACGUGACAUGGGCGAGGAUGCCCUCGAGGGUUGGACCCAAGUCAAAGCUGUCAAAUUCCACAUCCUUCCCGCCCGACUGUGA